AUGGCGGAUCGGUUCUUCGAUAACGUGAUGCCGGACUUGGUGAGGGAGACGGGAAAUGAAUCGAGAGGAGAUUCCCUCAGGAAUCUUCUUGCAAUGCCUUACUCGUCUCUCUCGCAGCAGCUCAAACGGUCCGCUUUGGAUCUCAAAGAAUCCCGCCAAGUUGCUCAGGAGAUUAUCAAGCAAGGAAGAUCAAUGGCGAAGAAUGGAAGCUCACCGCUUAUGUUUGAAUGGUAUGGCGAGAGGUACUGGGGUGCAGCACAUGGGCUCGCUGGUAUUGUGCACGUUUUGAUGGAUGUUGAGCUGAAGCCAGACGAGGCAGAGGAUGUGAAGGGAACACUUGGGUAUAUGAUCAAGAACCGGUUUCCAAGUGGAAAUUACGCUGCUAGUGAAGAGGAUAGGACAAGAGAUCUUCUUGUGCAUUGGUGUCAUGGAGCUCCAGGGAUUGCCCUCACCCUUGUCAAGGCCGCUCAGGUGCAGCCGCAGCAGAGGUGGUUUGGAAAUUGGAACCGUGGAUUGCUCAAGCGAGUCGGGAUCUGUCACGGAAUAAGUGGGAAUGCAUAUGUUUUCCUGUCCCUAUACAGAGCCACGGGAAGGAGCGACUAUCUGUACCGUGCAAAAGCCUUUGCCAGCUUCCUGCUUGAUAGAGCUCACAAGCUGCUCUCAAAAGGAGAAAUGCAUGGAGGUGAUACUCCUUAUUCCUUGUUUGAAGGCCUUGGGGACAUGGCCUAUCUCUUCCUUGGGGGCAUGCUCGACCCAACUCAAGCCAGGUUCCCAGGUUACGAGCUUUAA